AUGCUGCCUCGGGCUGUGCUGCUCUGUGUCCUGCUGCUGCAGGCCCAGGGAGGGCCCCGUGAGCGGGUGACAGAGAUUGAGGAAGAAGACGACCACCAAAAUAUCAAACAUUGUUCGAAGCAGCCUGCAAUGUAUCUAUGUAAACGCCCCUGUGAGUCUCACGUAGAAUGUAGAGGAAAUGAAAAAUGCUGUUUGAGCUACUGUGGUAUGAUUUGCCAGAGCUUUGGUCUGUAG